AUGCUUCAAGCUGUUUCCGGUCGCAUUUUCGGGCGCAAAGAGCCAUCUAUUCGAGAAUACUUCGUUCCUAAAUGGUGGAUCUGGUCCAGAGCCAACUCAGCGAUACCCGAGAGAUUUCCAAUCAACAAAUCGCCCUCGACCAAUAUAACUGCCACCGAAGAGGAAGUUGUAUAUGAUCUCGAGCCCAUGCGUUACCCCUUCAAAGUACAGUUGAUAGAUGACCUACCUCUGCGCAUGAUUGCGCAACUCGAGAAAAUUCUUGGAGAAGAGUUGGUUACCCCCCAUGUGCGGCAUUUUUUGGUUAUGUGGAAGUUGAUGACCCUUGAGGAAAUUGACGGCAAAGGCGACCUUAUAAUACGAACGACAACUCUCUGGUAUUUUGUGACGGAGGCUUUCCGUAUCAUCCACCCCGAUGCCCAUAUUCAAAUCGAAACGUAUGGAAGAUCCAAGGACCAUCGCACGAUUAUGGAUAUACGAAUCAACUUGAACUCUCAGCCAAUUAUCUUGACAGCAAUCAUGGAACCAUCAGCUGCCGACGUUUGUGCAUCCAACCUGGUCGAGCUGGCGUCAGGGAAUAGUACCUCGGUCUUUGAGGGAGAUCUACCCGAAAAGUUCGUUGGGCAUGAAGCUAUCCUUGCAAAGUUGAGUUACCAAUUUAUGGAUAACUGGCCUGAAGGACCUCGUUGGGCACUGGUAUACGGAGGGAACACAUAUGUCAUAUAUCUAAUGUUGCCUGUCCUGGUGGAUGGCAUUAGACGAUGUGUUUUGAUGUCCUCUGGCGUCGGUUAUAUCGAUGAUACCAGAUGCCCUUUCCCAGCACUUCUACUUUUCAUGACACUUACCGCGCAAAUGUCUCCCCAAAAUCUCGCAAGGACAUUGAACAUCGAGCAGCCUCUGGGAUAUACUAUCAUCUCAGAUGAACUGGGAGGAGAUAGUCAAGGGGUAUCGAACCCGCUUGAAGCACCAGCUUUGUGUACUACUCGAGUCGUAUACUUGACUACGGACCUUGAUCCGUCUGGACGACUUCCUUUCUCUCGUCUACCACUUGAUCGACUGCACGACAGCAGCAACGGUCACGACCUUGAUGGGAAUAGUCCCACUUUCUUACUGCAGCACCUCGCCUCUCGAAAUUUUGACAUUGUUUAUCGAUUCAAUGAAUUCAUCGUGAAGACGUAUCUACCCAGAUGUGAAGGGUAUCUCGAAAACGAGGCCAAGGUUUAUCAACAUUUGGCAGCUACAAGAGCAUCCAGUUUCAUCCCAACAUUUUAUGGGCACUUUGCUUAUCGUCACAUCAAAAUCAUCAUACUCUCUGACGAAGGACCAUCCCUAGAGAGUUUUAGAGAACUUUCCUCUAAACUAAGAACCGAGAUCCUUGAGGCCCUAUUAGAGAUCCAUAAGGCACGCGUGGUUCUCAGAGACUUUGGACCUGACAAGAAGUUGACAUCAGUGAAUCCUAAUUGGAGCCGACUCUUCUUCGCUCGUGAGGGUCAAGUUAUGUUGGGAAAAAUUCGUAAUCAUUUGUCUCCUUUUGAGAAAGAGUAUGUUCUGCACAUAGAUCUAAACGAGUUGAUAUUUGAGCUAAGACACGAACCUCCAAGACAAGGACGACUUCAAUUCCCGACCGGAAGGGAAGCUGCCGCCACCUCUAUAGGCGUUGCCUUAUUCCAUGGCCAAUUACCAUUCGGCUACUCCCUGCUUUAUGACGUAAAUAGGCUGCAGCUGCUACAAUCAAACUAUAUUACUCGAUUUCAAGGUAGUGCAUCCACCAAGAGAUAUAUUAUAUGGCUAGAAGUGGCCACUUUAUUAGACCCAAUUGUUACAUCAAGCCCCAAUGCACCUUACCCACGCAGGAUUGUACUCAUGCACAGACCUCAUGCACAUACCAUACUCCAAACACUAAAAGUCCCGGGGCAA